AUGGUUUAUCACGAAUGUUACAGCAUAUCCGGAGAGCUGCAGUUAGGUAAGGCGUUCUCACUAACGGACGUGCUGCCCGAGUACUCUGCUAUAGCGAUCACCUCCUUUGGACCUAAGGAUGCUUGCUACAACAGUCUUGAAACACUCGAUGAAUCCAGGGAGAACAUUCGCUGGGGCGUGGGUGCGGGCGUGAAGCUGUUGAAGUACCGCGGCUGUGGCGUCAUUGAGGUGGACCCGGCGCACGCGCCUGACGCCGCCGCCGAGGCAGCCGAGCUCGCGGCUUGGAAGUUCGACAGGUUCAAGACGACAGGAUCCCGUAAAGCCGCGUGUCACGUCAAGUUGUACGGGAAUGAGGCCAAGGAGCUAUGGACGCUGGGUUCUAUCCAGGGCGAGGCACAGAACUGGGCGCGGUACCUGUCUGACAUGCCCGCUAAUAAGAUGACGCCCGUUGACUUAGCACAGGCGGCCAUAGACGUGCUGUGCCCGCUGGGUGUGACCGUGGAGGCUCACGACCGCGAAUGGAUCGAGGCGCAGCGCAUGCGCGCCUUCCUGGCCGUCGCGCAGGGCUCCUGCGACACGCCCAUGUUCCUCGAAUGCACAUACCGGGCGGCCGCAUCCGAUGCCCCCACCGCCGCGCCUGUACUGCUGGCCGCCAAAGGAGUCACUUUCGACAGGUACAACUGCCCAAUCUUACGGCUCAAGCAAGGCAUAAAGCUGCUGACUCGAUAUAAGUUGGCUGGAUCCCGGAGUUCCCUGUCCUUCGUUCUCAUCAUCAGACCCUUAAUGACAGUUACAACCAAGCCUGGUGCAAAGUGCCAAUACGAAUCAUUAAAGCUCAAACACAAGGCAACUACUCCAAAUAGUCAAGGAGAUCCCUCGACUGUCUUCCAGCUCCAACAUAAGGUCGACUUCGACCUUCGUCAAGUUAUAGUGUUGUAA